UCGGAGGUGUUUACCAUCACACAUCCAAUCGUCGAGGCCACGCUUGUCAUCAUGGACAAAUACAAGAAACUGGAGCGAAUUGGCAAAGGUAGCUUUGGUUCGGCUUACUUGGCGGAAAAGCGAGGGGAGCCGGGGAAGCAGUACGUGAUCAAGGAGAUCCAGAUUGACCCUCGGGAUCAAAAGGCGGCGGUGAGAGAAGCCCGCCUCCUCGCGGCGUUGGACCACCCAAACAUCAUUUCUUGCAAGGAGCACUUCAUGCUCGCUCCAGGCCAGAAGGUGCUGUGCAUCGUCACUGAAUAUGCCGACGGUGGCGACUUGCGCAAGCUUCUCAAGACAUACCACGAGACCGGUCGGCGGCUAAGCGAAGACCUCGUGCUCGACUUGCUCGUGCAGACGUGCCUCGCCUUGAAACACAUCCACGACCGCAAAAUCCUCCACCGCGACGUCAAGCCAGAAAACAUCUUCCUCAUGCAAUCGAACGUCGUCAAGUUGGGCGACUUUGGAGUCGCCAAGGUCCUCAGCAACACGUUAGCCUGCGCCGAUACCCAAACGGGCACUCCGUACUACACGUCGCCCGAGAUCUGCCAUGGCCUCCGCUACAACCACAAGACGGACGUGUGGAGCCUUGGCUGCGUGUUGUACGAAAUGAUCACUCAAACGCAUGCAUUCGAUGGCCGGAACCAAAAGCAAUUGUUUCAAAACAUCGCGUACGGGGCGUUCGACACGACGCGACUGGACCAUUGCACCAUGCGGCUCAAGCAAUUGGUGAUUGCGAUGCUGGCCAAGACGCCUCGUGAUCGUCCGAGCAUCAACGGCAUCCUCAAGACCCCCCUCGUUCGCGAUCGCAUCCAAACGUUUCUAUCCGCCCAGGAAAUGCAAGACGAACUGGGCCAUACCGUGCUCCAUGGUCAGCAUUUGUUUCGAAAGCCACCGUCCAAGGCGGCCACGAGCCCCCGUGCGAUGAAACAUCCUCCUCCGCCCCCGAUUGCCAUCGUUCGACCGAUCGUCGUGCGAGAGCGUCAACCCCCCGUGGUCCGCGGGUAUGCAGCCCCCACGGCCGCGAUGAAGCAGCGCGGUGAUGCCAUGGCGGCCAAGAAAGAGCGAGUGCAGGCGCUUGUGGCCAAACAGCGCGAACUGGCAGAAAUGCGGCUGGUCCAAGAAAAGAAGGCCCGGCUGGCACGGAAGCAGGCCGAGGUGGACAAGCGCAAGGAGGGGGUUAUACCGGUCCAAGGACGACAGCGAUCGCCUCCUAAGUCGCCACCAGAGGCAGCGGCGGUCUUGCAGGCAAAGCUGGAGGCCAAACGACGCCAAAUGCUGGAGCAACAAGCCGUGCGGGACCUUCCUGUGGUGCCUCUCAAGGAAGGACGCGAACGACGUGUAGACGAUCGCGACGCUGGCCGAUUGAAGAUGGCGGAAGAUAUCAAGGAGAAGAAGAAAUUCCUCAAGGACAUCCAACCAAGCGACAACGACCCGAUCAUUCUCGUCCAAGCACUCAAGCGGCGCAAUGACGACGAGGAUGCCAGCGCCACGUCACAGCUCCCCCCUGCGCCAGAAUUGGCUCAUACAAUGGUACCCAAAGUCGAAGCUAUCUUUGCACCGGAUACAAUCAACUUCAACAGCACCGUGGGGUCGCCCACGCAUGCUGCAGGCAGUUUUCAGGAGCUGUCGUUUGCACAAUGCCUCAAGGAAGCUGCGGCUCCAGUCCAGUCGCCGGCGGUGGAACCCCCUCCUCCAGCUGCUGUGUCCCCCCACGACAUAGUGAUCGACACCGAUGUCAUCACCGACGCAGGUCGAGACGUGCCUCUUGCCAAGCGUAGCCUCGAAUACGAGCGGAUGUUGCUUCAAAUGAAGAGCGUCAUGGAGGACAACUUGGCCGAAGAGCCUAAUGACGACGAGGAAGAAGGGCGAGACGACAAUGCUGCCGAUUUAACUGCGGAGAGCGGAGAUGACACGCGAUUGAGCAAGCUGGCGGUGCUGCAGCUUCCUGCAUUUCAGGCAGCGUUGAAGGCGCGGUGGGACAGUAGCCACCCCCUCCAGCCAGAAGAAACGCGGGAGGCCGCGGGAACGAGUCUGUUAUCGGCAGGGCACAUGGAGGACGUAACGUGGCUGUGUGCGUACAUGCACGCUAUCGUCCAUGGCGGCGCUGCAGCGGAUGGUGUGUAGCAGAUCAGAUGACAACGACACACCCUCGACUCUAUAUUCACAUUUACACGACUACAAAAUUGGGCACUAACUACUUACUACACACUGGACAAUGGAUAUGAGGAACUACUACUACUACUACUACUACUACUACUCGGAAUGGCGCUUCGACCACCCCGUGUAUUUGUACGGACUCGAGUUCCCACCCGCGGACUUGACUUCCAUGUGCACCAACUGCUCCAAGCUGGCCGGGGGCGCCGUCAGGUCUGAGUAUCGGUACUCUUCCUCGACGAUCCGCUCCGACGGCACCUGGCUCGAGAUGGUGCGGCUGCGACGGCGCAGCGGCGGCGGCAAUAGCUUGAUCCGCUCCUCGUAGUCUUCCGAGAUGACCUGCAUCUUGCGUGCGCCUUCGAGGUUGAGCGGGGUGUUCGAGUCGAAGGCGCUGAGGUGGCCGAGCUUGAGGGAUUUGUAGAUGGAGCGCAGGUGGAAGUAGUACUUGGCGUACGAUGCCGCGGACACGCGCACGUUAUACUCGACACAAUCCAGGUACAGCAGUUCCAGAGCGUUGAUCCGGCGGAGGGGGAAGUUUCCAUGGAAGAUCUUGGAGAAGUCAGCGUUGCACAUGCUCAGGUCGUCCCACACCUUGGACGCCAUCACCAUCGAGCAAAACACAAUCGAUUGCCAGUUGGUCGGGGUCAGUUGCAGGCCCUUGCCUGUGGCGGCUUGCAGCAGACGCUCCACGUAGAUCAGGCCCAUGAUGAUACAUUCGCUUUCCAUUUGCGCGGUGCGGUAGAUCUGCGUCAUGAACGCCACGAUGGCGUCGACAGACGGAACAUCGAACGACAUGGACGACGACGGCGCUUGAAACCCGAGGAAGCGCGGAUCCAUGGGGAGUGGCGCGGCGGUCGAUUCAAGGAUGUGACCAUGUAACACCGUGGCGACACAGAAAAACGUAGUGGUCUGGUCGGGUUUGUUCAUCGUGCCCAUGCGCACGAAGAUGGAGUUGGUACUGUUCGACCGCAUGCGCUGCGGUUGCGGCGGCACAGUAAAUUCGUCCGACGACUGAUGGAGGUUGGUGGGAAGCAUGCCUAAAUCAGACUGUCUUGACGCGUAGUAGGCAGUGUGCGGUGACACGAUUUCUUCGGCGAUUGGCGACGGAAUGUCUUUGCGCAUGGACGCAGUCGCCGAAGACGUGCGCGGAGUCGCGAUGCCAUUCAGCAUGGCGUCAAACAUGUCCUCCUUGGCCGACAGCGUGCGGAACAAGCGUGGGGGGCCGCCGGUUUUCGGCGGCCGGCCGCUGUCCCUGUUGGUCUUCACAGCCUGCUUGGGGACAACUUUGUCAUGGCAAGGCGACGACGAGGACGAGCGGUGGUUGGACUCGUCCACGGCGGUGGGGGAACGCAUCAUCUUGCUUUUGAUGUUAUGUUCCAUCAUGCGAAAGAACUGCGACGCCGCGUCCUUUUCCUUUUGGAUCAGCGCCGCGGGUUUCUUCCAUGUGGUCUCGCGGGUGACGGGAUGGUAGUAGUACGGUCGGUUGGAGCGGGGGUCAUGUGCUACCUUCCAUUCAGCAUCAUCGGCAGGCACCUGGUGGGUGUUCAUCGUCACUAGGGAAGCAGGCGUCACGGCGGCGACUUGCUGGACGGACGUGCACGACGAUGGGAGAAUGGUAUACUGGGAUUGGGCCUCGUUCUCAUUGGUGUGCAUCCUGAUGACGAC